AGCAGUAUUUUAGUUUCUUAAGAGACAAUUUCUUGGCUGACUCCACCCAGUAGGGCUUCCUGACUGGGGUUUUCAGAGGUGCAAACACUUUGCUCUCACAGUUAAAGCAGAGGCACCAGCUGAAACAGCCUCCUUGGAGAAAUCCUGAGAACACAUCAGCUCCUUCCAAAGAAGGUCUGCUUGCAGGCACGUGCCAAAGUGUCCUUCCAUGAACAUGGCUGAGCCUCAGGACAACGAGCUGAGGAUAGUUCUGGUUGGGAAAACUGGAAGCGGGAAGAGUGCUACAGGAAACACGAUCCUUGGGAGACCAGUGUUUUGUUCUCAAAUUUCUGCCCACGCUGUCACCAAGAUCUGUGAAAAACAAACCCGAAAAUGGAAUGGGAAAGACCUUGUUGUUGUUGACACCCCAGGACUCUUUGACACCAAGGAGAAGCUGGAAAGCACGUGUAGAGAAAUCAGCCGCUGUGUCAUCGCCUCCUGCCCAGGACCACAUGCCAUCCUCAUGGUUAUACAGCUGGGCCGCUUCACGGAGGAAGAGCAGAAAACCGUGGCUUUGAUCAAGGCUGUCUUUGGGACGGCAGCCAUGCAGCACAUGAUAGUCUUGUUCACUCGCAAAGAUGAGCUGGAUGGCAGCAGCCUGAGUGAGUUCCUGGGAGAUGCACAUGCAAAGCUAAAAAGCAUCAUCAAGGAGUGCGGGGACCGCUGCUUCGCCAUUAACAACAAGGCAGACCCGGCUGAGAAGGAAGUUCAAGUGCAGGCGCUGAUGGAGCUGGUAGAGCGAAUGGUGCAGAAGAACAGAGGGGCUUACUUUUCUCACACCAUCUACAAGGACAUAGACGAGAGGCUGAAGUAUCAGGCAAAAGUUUUGGUGGAAUUUCACACUGAACAAUUAAAUAACAACAUCAAAAUAAUACAAGAGAGCAAUAAAUCAGAGCAAGAAAAGCUGAGAGAUAUAAAAGACAGGCAUAUGAAACAUGAGGAAAGAAUAAAAAAUGUAAGGGAAGAAGCUGAGGGUUCUGUGUUGGAAUACGGCUUAAGGAAGAUUUUGAAAAUUCUUUCAAACAUAUGGCAGAUGUUUUGGAAGAAGCAGUACUUGAAAAAUCAGAGAAGGCUGCAGGACCCAGACUUUCCAGGAAUUCAAGGCACAAUGGCCGCCCAGGACCACGGGGAGAGUUCUUACCUCGGCAAAGCAGGGAUCAGCCACGGGCCUGGAAACCAAGACUACAGAAACUCUCAGCUGAGAAUCAUUUUAGUGGGCAAAACUGGAGCAGGAAAAAGUGCAACGGGGAAUAGCAUCCUUGGAGAGAAAGCAUUUCUUUCUGGUGUUGCUGCAAAGUCCAUUACCAAGGCCUGUCAGAGAGGGAGCAGCACGUGGAAUGAAAGAAAAAUUGUUGUUGUUGACACACCUGGUAUUUUUGACACUGAAACCCAGGAUGCUGACACACAGAGGGAGAUUGCCCACUGUGUCCUCCUGACCUCCCCGGGGCCUCAUGCUCUGGUCCUGGUGGUCCCACUUGGCCGUUACACUAAGGAGGAGAGCAAAGCCACAGAGAAGAUCCUGAGUAUGUUUGGACACAAGGCCAGAAGAUUCAUGAUUCUCUUAUUCAGUAGGAAAGAUGAUUUGGAGGGCACGAGUCUCCGUGAUUACUUAAAGCAUGCUCCAGAACACCUCCAAAAGCUGAUAGGCAAGUUUGGUGAUCGCUACUGUGCAUUCAACAACAGGGCAACAGGAGCUGAGCAGGAGGCCCAGAGAAACCAGCUGCUGACCCUGGUCCAGCACAUUGUGAGGGAGAAUGGUGGAGAAUGCUACACCAAUCAUUUUUACCAAAGGGCUGAGGAGGAGAUUCAGAAACAAAUCCAGCAGGUACAGAGAAAUUACAGAGCAGAGCUGGAGAGAGAGAAAGCACAGCUAAGACAGGAGUAUGAAGGGAAGAUCAGAAAGCUGGAAGAUAAGCUGGAACAGGAAAGGAGAAAGGCCCAAAUGGAGAGAGAAAUAACAAGAAGAGAGACUUUCUGUACUCUGAGACAGCAAGAUGCCAGAAUGGAAGUUGAGAAACAGGCUUCCAUACUGGAAUUAAUCAUUAACGCAUGUAACAUUGUUUACUUUUUCUUUUCUCUGUGCUUCUUGGCACAGAACCUGCUGCUGGGAGUAUGGGUAAGCUCCUGCGCUGUAGCAGCAACCUUCAUUUUCCCACUGGAUACAUUCGAUCUUAUUCAUGAGUUCCUGCAGCUGGGCCUCCUUCUCCACCCUGUUUGCCCUGUUGUUGAAGGCACAGUGGCGCCGCUCACACAGCACAUCCAGCUUGGCAAGGCUCUGGUUGUCGGUCUCCCGCACGUAUUUAUCCAAGGGCUCGCCGGCCAGAUCUUCCUUCCGGGUGAACACCAGGACAGUGUAAGCCAGGACCCCCACUCCAAAGAUCUCCUGGAGACGCCUAACAGCCUGUUGAUCCUCUUUUGUGAAGCGACCGAGCUGUGUCACCAGGAGCACAGCAUGGAGCCCCGGGAAAGAGAAGGCUAUGGCCUGGCAGAGUGCUUUAGCCGCCACUUCCUGCUGGACCUGAGAGGACAGAAUAUCUGGGGUGUCAAUCACCUCAAGUUCCUUCCCACCCCACUCUCGCCUUUCUCUCUGGAAGGCCGUGGUCACUGGCUUGGCACUGAGCUUAGACUCAAAUACUUCCCUGCCAAGGAUAGUGUUUCCUGUUGCACUUUUCCCACUUCCUGUUUUCCCCACCAGAAUGAGCCUCAGUCUCCUUGGACUCUGAGGCUCAGUGACUUCCUCUGCACGCUGGGGGAGAGAGCCUCCUGCACUCACAAAGGAAGGGAAAACAGGAGGUCAGGGUUUCUCAGAGCCACUUCAGAGCCUGUCACCAGGAAAGGAAAGAUGGGAGGUCGGAAGAUAGCAAAGGAUGAAGAGAGCGCCUAUGGUUCCAGUGACGACCUGGGGUCCCUGCAAGAGCCCCAGCUGAGGCUCAUCCUGGUGGGCAGAACCGGCACCGGCAAGAGCGCCACGGGGAACAGCAUCUUGGGCCACAGGCGCUUCCUCUCCAGGCUCGGAGCCACAGCCGUGACCAGGGCCUGUGCGGCCGCCAGCCGGAAGUGGGGCCGCUGGCACGUGGACAUCGUCGACACCCCAGACAUUUUCAGCUCGGAAGUCGACAUGACAGACCCCGCGUGCCUGGAGCGAGCGCACUGCUACCUGCUGUCUGCCCCCGGGCCACACGCGCUGCUCCUGGUGACCCAGCUGGGUCGCUACACCGCCCAGGACCAGGAGGCGCUGAGGAAGGUGAAGGAGAUGUUCGGGAAGGACGUGGUGGCGCAAACCAUCGUCGUCUUCACCCGGAAGGGAGACCUGGCUGGCGGCUCUCUGCAGGAUUACGUGCGCUACACGGACAACCAGGCCCUGCGGGAGAUGGUGGCCGAGUGCGGAGGCCAAGUCUGCGCCUUGGACAACCGGGCCACCGGCGAGGAGCUGGAGGCCCAGGUGGAGGAGCUGCUGCGCACCGUAGAGGCCUUGGUGCGCAAGAAUGAGGGCGCGCACUACACCAACCAGGUGUACGGCCUGGCGCGCGCGCUGCGCGGGGCGCACCCGAAGGAGCAGCUCCAAAGAGUGGCGGAGAAGCUGGCGGAUCACUUGCACCGGCCUCACCGAGCCAGGCUGCUGGCCAGGCUCUGGGAGUGGCACAAGUCCCACUGGAGGCGGGGCGUGGCCGUCCUGCUGGGAGUCACCCUCCUGUUGUACUUGCUGUUCUACCGGCACGCACCCCCGGCCCUGGGUGACCUGAAUGAUUGAUAGCACAGGUGUUAAACAUCUCAAUAAUUUGGCCAGAAAAGGACCGAAUAUUUGAGUGUUGAAGGGGAAAAUUAAAACUUCAUUCCAAAAAGAAUCCUGCAGUUUCACACUCAGAGCUUUGAAGGCAUGGGAAACUUGGAACGUUGCAUCUGCUUUGCCAAGGCUCAAAAUUCACUUUCAAGUGUUUAAGUCUCGACUUUCAGUUAUAUGUUAUUAAAAUUAAUUUGUCUAAUUUUAAAACUUCCUGAAGACUUUUUCAUAAUCCUAGUGCAUGUCUCCUCUCUUGAAAAACAGUGAAGUGACUGAUAGCUUGGAGUGGGGACAAAUUCAUGACACAGAGGAAAAACCAUUUUUAUUUUGAACAUCUUUUAAAUUUAGAUUGCCCCCCCGAUUAUUUUCUAGUCCUUGUAUGUGGGAGUAAUGUUCUUUCAAUAUCCUCAUGGACGUUUAUUAUCAAUGAAAGCAAUGCCAGCACUAUAUACGAUAAUGUUUAUUCCAACGCCUGUGUUUAUUUGUAGGGUGAUUUACUGCCAAACAGAUAACUAUAUGCUGAAAAGAACACGGUUUGCAAUUUUAUGGCACCUAUUGUAGCUUUCCUCUCUUUCUAAAUUAAAGUAGAAUGUUGGGGGAAACAUUCCAUGUGGUUAUUUGGAUUUUCAUGCCAUAUGUUUUUGCAUGCUUUUUGGCAUAUAUACUGUGGAGACACAAAUAUAACUGUCACGUAUUACAUAAAGAGAGCUUCUGUCUAAUAAAAAGAAGUCCUGAUAAUGGGAAGGAAGGUCAGAUGUGCAGACUGCGGGCCGCAGAACCUUAAUGCAGGUUGGUGCAGCUGUAACAUUGGGUUCCAACACCGUAUCAGUAGAUAGUUGGAAGCUGAGUGGUUGUGCAAAGCAAACAAUAGGGUUUCCUUAUUUUGGAUUAUAAUAAGACCCCUUUAUGGGAAGUCACUGUCUUUAAUCAACCAACCUCCAGCCAGCAGGUAGAGACAGGAAAGGAGGCAAUUAUGCCCAGUCAGCUGGAAGAGGAGGAAGGCAGCCGCAUGCAGGAGUCCUAGGCAUCACCUCCACCCCUGGUUAGGAAGGAGGGAUGUAGCACAUGUACAGAAAUGUCAUGCCCAACUAAGGGCCUCUGGAGUUUUGAGGUGGGUCACAGGCUUGGAUGAGCUGCGGCCAAGUGGCUUGAGGCCCAGAAAGGCCACUAGAGUGAGUUGAGCACUAUAAUGUAUAGCUGGAGCAAAAUCCAUUCUUAAUCCCAUCCUUUAGCUUCCCAGGAGCUUUGCUGCAUCAACCCAGUGGAUCAGGCUACUGAGCUGACUUCUGAGGAUCUGAGCAGGCAUCAGCAUCAGGCUAGGGGGUGGGGAGGGCAGCAGCGUGGGAGGGUCCCUGCUCCAAGUUCAUGCUGCCCUGGGCCAAGGGCCACUUGCCAGCUGGGCUAAUGUUGAUUUGCUCUUCCACUUUUUCCAGUGUCUCACGCAUAGGACCACGAAGGCUCUCUAAUGUUUGUCAUUGUAAUUUCUGUCUUGUUAUAAACAUAAAUGUGAUUUUUAAAAUAAAUACUAUCAUUUUAAAAUUC